CAAGUGCCGGAGCAGCAGCAGCAGUCGCUGGGGCUGGGGCUGUGCCUGGGGCUGGCGAGGAACAGCGACGCAUCUGGGUGGGAAAUUUGGAUUCGCGGAUCACCGAUCACUCUGCCUUUGCCAAUUAUCGGUUUCAACUUCUCAAACUAAUGCAAAAAUGCGGUCCCAUCGAAAAGUUCGACAUGCUCUUCCACAAGGGCGGCCCCAUGGUUGGCCAGUCCCGCGGCUAUGCCUUUGUCACAUUCGCCCAGAAUGAGGGAGCCACCAAUGCGCUGCUCAGGCUGGAUGGCACAAGCGUGGGCAGCCGCUCGAUAGCCGUCCGCCUGGCCAAGAACAUCAAAUAUGAUGAUCUGCAAAAGCCGAAGCCGCGGAUUGAGAUUCCCGCUCUGGGGACGGGCAAGCGCGAGGAGAAAAUCAGCAAAUCCGAGGCCAUACGCGCCAUCGAGGCCAAGCUGAAACACCUGGAUCGCCAGACGGACGACAAUCUCGAGCUGAAUCCGAGGGACGGCAUCAACGCGAACGUGCCCUUCAUCCAGCGCUAUCAGUUCAACAAGGACCGGGACAAUACUCAGCGCUACGGCAAGUCCUCGGCUCCCUACCAUCGACAGCAGCGUCCGAAGCGACGCUGAGGCCACCGCGAGCAACUUAGUUUACAAGAAAUGUUUAGUACUUAGGGCGCUACCUCAGCAGCAGACAGCCUGACAACCACACCAUUUACUUUACAAUUAAUUUAUUUAAGAGAUAAAGACACACCCAGCAUAAAA